UUUCAAAAAUCUUUAAAAUGGAAGGAAAUGUAUUCAAAAGCGGCACUAAGAGAGCCAAAUUUUCCUCAUUUACCAGCCCUGCUAAUACCAGCAGAAGGUCUGGUGUGAACUUGUUUGGUUCAAAGAGUAGAUCGUCUCUUGCAAACAGGAGUGUUUCCUUCAACAGAUCUGCACAAUCAUCCUUCAUUCUAGAAGAGACAGCACAACACUGUGUGGAGAGUUUUGGAACUUCCCUACCAGUUCUAAUCAGAGAAGCCCUUACACUUGCUGAUAGAAAUGCCCAGAUUAGUGUCUCUAUUGACUCGGCAGAGUGGGCUUGGUUGGUAUGUGGAAGACGCCUGUUUGUCUGGAGGUACAGGUCUAAUCAGUAUGGAAAGGCUACCCAGUGCAAGGAACUCACACUGCCAGCAAGUGACUUGAAUCACACAGCUAAGCUUGUGACUGUACUACAAAGUCCUUAUGACCAGCAUGUCACAGCCUGUGUUGCAGUUUCACCCGAGGGCAUCAUCCGUUACUGGCCAAGCAUCUCACAUGAGGGUUCAUUCGUUGAGAUCAGUGCUGAUUUGAAGGGCGAGGAAUGUGCUAGCCUGAUCAACCUCCAGCCAUGUGGUUGUAUCGCUGCCACGACAACAAGCACACUCAUUCAUCUUAGUCCAGCUACAAGCCAGAGCUCAAUAACUUGUCGUGUUCUCACACCUGGACAAAGUACCCUGGCUGGUUUUGGAAGAAGGAUGUCUUCAUUCAUUUUUGGAACAGCGUCAGCUCAGGCAAUUGGAGCACCAUUGCAUCAGCUCCUCCCUGGAGAGACUAUCGAUGGAGUCAGACGCACUUUCUAUGUCCUGUCGGGCAACUUCCUUCAGAAGUGGCUCAUUGAUGACAGACUCCAUGAAAAGAUGCUCUACCAGUGCGAAGUUGAGAAGCAUAUGAGAGAUUCCAUCGCGACCAGUCUCUGGAUGACAGAUGCAGCACACCUGCCUGAUCUGCGGUUCUGGGUGAUGGACAUGCAGCCCAUCAAUGGUGGUCUUGCAGUGCUAGGAGCAGUCAUGAAUAGGGCAGCCUCUAAUGAAUUACACUAUGUUAUAGCCUCCAUCCUGACUGAGGGAGAUGAAAUGCCUGAGGAAGUUCAAAACUGUGUGGACAUUGGAUACUCGGCAACAUAUCACGAGGAGCAGGAACAGGAGUUAUUAGGCUACCAGCUGUUAGUACCUGAACUGGACAGCACCGUAGCUUUCUUCUACAAUGCAACACAUACAGUGGCAGUUUCAGUGUAUUCCUCUACUCGACCAGCCGACAAGGUGGACUUUCUGUCAGCUGAUGAUCGUCUCCUUGGGGCGGGCAGCUUCAAUGGCCAGGUCGUCUUUUUCUCCAGCAAGCAUGGACUUGUGGCGGUCAAACUGCAGCAAGAUGUCAGUAUGAUGGAAGAAAGUACUGUUGCCCCUGAACCAUCAAGAGCAGAGACGUCAGCCAUUGGUAACUUGAUGAAAGUGGAUGAGUUGAGUCAAAGUGAAGACUCUGUGUCGAGACUGAAGGCAGCCAUCGUCCUGUCAUUUCAAAACAAAAAGCAAGAAGCUCUCAAUAUCCUCCAAGAGACAUUCCCAAUAUCCAUCCCUGCCGGCCACAACUCCAUUGUUGACAUCUCGAUUGUCCAGAUGAGCCAGGAUAUGAUUGAUGAUUUCCCUGUUGCUGAUCCACGAUGGGCCGAGGCCAUUCCAGAUGAUUCGACGUCCAGCACCAACUCACUGAUUAUCCAGCACCAACUUCAAGACAAACUCAAAGCACAUGAGUGUCUUCUCACAUUCCUGAAGGACACAGGAUUGUGGAAUAGGAUGAGUUCAGUGACUGUGAGAGAGAAGCCCAUGAGCACUGAGAAACUCCUCUGUGAGCACGCUGAGAAGAUAGUCGCCUCGGUUGCUCUCAGGAACAUGCACAACACGCAUUCUCAUGUUGUUGAUGCCGUCAUACGAAGAGUUUUACACACAAGAGCUGCCGGGGCUGCUUCAUCAGAUCUGACGCCACAAGACCUCUUCUACAGACUGGUGUCACAUAUUGAUGAGUUCCUGCAGUGUUUGAUUGAUUAUGAAGAAGAAAUGCUGGCAAGUGAGAUCUCAUUGAAGGAACUUGUGCACCUAAUCAACUCAUGCAACACACUACUCAUUACAUUGCUGCAAGAUGCCCUCGAUUACAGAAAGAAUCGAUCCUACUCGUAUGCUGCCUUAGAGAGUCCAUUGAAGCAGUACCCAGAUUUCCUCCCCUGGACAUCAUCAUUGGGGACAAGGGGCAUGAGAAGCAUCAUCAAGAAACAGUUCAACAUGACCACUGAUAAAGGCUUACUCGAGGAGCAGGACCCUCAGGUGAGGAGUACAUUCUUCCAACAACAGAUGCAGCUGGCUGACCUUCAACUGGCCGGCUAUCUUCAGCAGCUGGAUUCGAUCAGGAAUCAGGAUGGACUACCACAUUAUGGCGAGCUGGAGAGGAAGUUAGAACAGGAGACACAGAAUAUGAUCAUGCCAUUUAUGCAUCUGGAGCAGUAUGAGCGCGCCGCCUCGUUAGCCGAGAAAUACCACGAGUUUGGUAUCUUGAUGCGGAUCUGUGAGGACACAGAUAACGAUGAUCGCCUCAAGAGAUACAUGACCCAGUUUGCGGAGGAGGGGUUCACAGAGUUUGCCCUCCGCUGGUACAUGGAGGAAGGAAAGAGAGGCAAGGUCCUUAAGUUACCCCUGUCGGAGCACGCCAACCUUGGACUGUUCUUCAGCUUGGAGGAGAACAAGUACAUGAGUUGGAUCUAUGAUGUACAGUUUGGUAAUCUCGCCAAGGCACAUGAAACACUCAAAGAACUAGCUUUGGUGGAACAGAAGUCACUUGGCAAAAAAAAGACCUUAUUGAGUUUGAGCAAGCUAGCAGCCCUUGGGUCUCACGACAGUCAUGCACUUGAACCUAGUGUUGAGGAAAUUAACGACCAGCAGUAUUUGGUCCUGAAUCAAGAGACACUGCCUGAUGGAGUUCUUGAUGCCAUUGGAAUGGACCCUACGAAUAUGAAUGUCAUGACAGCACAAGAGAUUAUUGCUUUCUACUGCAGUGAGUACAACGACACAGCCACAGAACAUGACUUCAAGAAGGCUCUCGACCUCCUGCCUCUGGUCGAUCAGGAGGAACACGAAGUGGAAGAACUGAAGAUUCAGAUCUGGUGCCAGGCAAUCAAGAGAGAUGACUGGUCAUCCAUAGGAACUGAUGAUCCGUUGGAAACGAACAGAGACACAGUUUUCUUCAAAACAGUAGAGUUGGUUUACACUGAAGGGCUUGAUCUUCACCAGUUUCUGCCAAACGUGGACCGGUUGUUAGAAUCGGAGGAGCUUGGAGACUUACGGCACAACAAGACAUUCCAGUUCUUGGUGCGAGCGGGCUAUGAACAUAUUAUGAGAAUUGUGGGAUGAUUGCCUUAGUGAGAGCUCUUGGAUUCAUUGAGCAGAUGUGACGCUGUCUUGGGUCAACCGGGUAUCAAACUGACCGAGACAGUGAGAUUUUGCUUUAAUUCAGGAUGCUUCAUCCUGUUCACUGCCCAUAUUUGUACUUUUGAUAAUGUAUCUUUGUGAAGAAUGUAAAUA